CGCGUGAAAUUACAGUCGCGCGCUCUGAGGUAACAGCUUUAGUCUGGGAGAAUCUGACUUGAAUCUGACUGUGUCUAGCAGACACAUCCACUGGAAAGAGCAGCAGUCACGGGCUUUACGCGGAGAGACAACACUUCAGAAGGCUACAGGUUUAAUUGUGUCACCGGGCAGCAUGACGGAGGUGCUGAACAGCUGUGACUCUGCGGUGGGAGACUACAGUGUGAGCGGUGCGUCUGAGGAGCAAAGCAUCUCUUUUCAGAUCUUCCCAGACUCCCAUGAACGGUUCCCAAAGCUUUCCAAACGCUUGCCAUCCAUCGUGGUUGAACCCACUGAGAGCGGGGAGGUGGAGAGCGGGGAACUCCGCUGGCCUCCUGAUGAUCUGAGCCCUACAGACGACCCCAGAGACAAACAGGCCCAGGCUGCAAGUGUCAAGGCCACAGAAGACAGCCAAGAGGUCGCGACAGAAAACUAAUGGGCGAAGGUUGGCACCAAUCCAGCCAGUCACUGUGAAUGUCUUCAGUAUGGACAGGAGUGAAUUGGAGACUCCACCAGUUAGGUCUGCUUAUCAUCCACACUAGAGCUGAAAAGAGGCCUGAGAGACUGCCUUAACUGAGCUAGCUCACGUGCCAAACUCUAGUGGUAGUCAGCUUGAGUUGUAAAAGAUCUCCAUUAACACCAUGAUACCCAUUAGAAUUAUAAAUUAUAGAUUGGCAUUCAUUUAUGUAUUUAUUUGCUUUGGACCAAAGUCUUUCAUUACUUCCUAUCAAAAGGACAUAGCUUCAGGAUGUUAAUUCAGUGUAUUAUAUCAGCGUAAAUUAAGUGAAAAUGGAUUUCAGAUAACAUGUAAAUGAACUACAGUGCACAAUGGCCAGCGUAGAUUUCAAACUCUACGCCAUGUACAGUAGAUCUGUUCGUUUUCACGUUCACCUAGGGUUUUCUUCUUAACAUGCUUUCCAGAUUUGUACUUAUUCUUUGGCACUUGCAUUAAUCCUCUGUUCUUCACAUCGCUGCUGCUUAUUUACUAGUGUCUGUCCGAGCUGCUGUAAAUGUAGCUUUCUUUGCCUUAGACAUUUAUUUGUAGUUACACUGUAUGUACAUCAUCAUUUAAAUGAAAUUACUGUUCGCAUAAAUGUUCAGACGGUCAUUAUUUUCCCAUUAUAUGUGUCUGUCACCUUCCAAAGGCGAAACUCUUUGGUGCUUCAGAGUCUGUUGAAUAUCACUGUAUUCUGUAAGUAUUACAGUAUUUGAGUAUUAGUCUUAAUAUAUUAAUUAUCUGUCUGGGAAUGGGAAUGAAUGCACCAAAGUAUCACUUAGCAUUAAAGGCAGUUAUUUCUACAUCCAAGCUCUGUUGAUUCAUCAAAUGAAUGUAUGUAGGAUCCAGCCUUGACACAUCACUGAUUUCUUGUGGGUAGAUGUCAAGUACUAGCCAAAGGCGCUUCUAGUUGAAUACUGUGUUGACACGAGCAAUAGUUAUUCUAGCCCAGCAGCAUCAGCAGCUCUAAGCAGUUGAUGUUUUCCAGCCAGAGGCAUUGCUAGAGCAGUUUUAGGGGCUUCAGUUCCCCUUGUCUUUCAUCUCAACCCUCCUGAAACUUUUCUCUUUAACUGUCGGAUCUCUUUAAAAUCUGUUAUAAUCUUCAGCAUGUUUGCUCUAGCGAGUGCAGGAUCUGAGGUUAAGUAAGGCCUUUGAAAACUUUUUUUAAACUUCCAAACAAGGUUGUCAAGUUCAUAUUAGGUGUUUGUCUAUAUAAACUUUCUUUGUUAUAAAUUAAAAUUAUCGGGGCCGGGGGUAUUUACAUUUAUUUGAGUUUCAAUUCAUUGUAAUUCUACAGAUCUUUCUUCUGUGAAAAACAAAACUGUUAGUUUCAUACAUGAAUGCCAGUGGGGGGCAAAAUAACAUUGCACCCCAUAGAGUUCAACAGUUGUGGAAGUAAAAAUCCCAUUUAUUUUUAUUUUCUUUAGUUUCUGUACCGGAGAAUUGAUAAAGCUUUAAGAUGGACCUACUGUGAGCUAUGUGCUUGCUAAUGGAUGGUUUGUAGUUUGUUGAACAUACAAUCAACCUCUUCAAAUCAGUUAAAUCAAGAUUAUUUAUCCAAGAUCAUUGAUAUUCACAAUGAUUGCAGUUCUUUCCCUCAGUAAAGCUGUUAAAUGGAUAGUUCAUUCCAAAUUCUGUCAUCAAUUAGUCACCACUGAAUUCCACCAUAUUUUUCCCAUACUGUGGAAGUCGAUGGCUACUGGCAACUUUUUAGUUACUAACAUUUUUCAAAAGAUCUUCUUUUUUUAACUCCUUUUUGAUAAAAUCCCUAUCGGAAAAAUCUAUGGAAGAAAUACUUCUGGAACCAAGGCUGCUGAAAAAGUGGGCGAGCAGUGCUGCACUUAAUUCAGGGGUGUCCAAUCCUUCCCCUGGUGGGCCACUGUCCUGCAAAGUUUAACUCUGCAGGACAGUAGCCCCCCAGCACUGAGUUUGGACACCCCUGACUUGACUGAGUGAUAAAGAAAAACAAAACACUGGGACACAUUCAAAAUGUGAUCAUUCAUGUUCCACCGAAGAAAGUCAUGUUUGGAACUACAUUAAGAGACACUUAAACAAGACCUUUAAAAUUAUCUAAUUUUACUCUCUUCAAAGACUGGCUUGUUCAAAUUUUUCCCAGAAUGCACAAUCCUGCCCUUUCUAAGUCUCAAGAUCACUACCUCCUUUCUAAAUGAAGCUGAGGACCAUGUGUGUUCAGGUAGAGAGAGCUGUCACGUCGCGUUUGUGCUCUCCAGUGGAAGCUCUCUCCGGAUGGAGCACUAAAAGCACAUCGUCAGGUGGCUCCUGGGAAAUGAACCACUGUCAAGUUCAGCCACCUCCAGCGAGAGCGGCGAGGGGAUUUUCACUCAUUUCCUGCCACUGAAUACUGCUGGCAGAGUGACCUUGUUUGGAGCCACAGGUUUUAGAAAAUAAACAUGUCACUCUUAAAGGGUCUCGAAGAUACCAAAGCUCGCUCGAGUAACAUAUAUUACAGUUUCCCGUUACAGAAGCUGCCGGUAUGAGUCCGCUCUGAUUUAUAAGUGUUCCUACGCAUGCCCAUGCACCCACACAUGCAGAAAUACACAACUAGUGCAGCCAACACAACUUGAACAAUCUUAAAGGCUUUUUUUUUUCUGGGCCUCUGUGAAUAAUGAAGGUUGCAACCGUAGGUGGACCAAACAUGUCAUGUUAUUUUGACUAAGACUAAAGCUUUCUGGCACACUUCUCAGAGAGUUCUUGAAUCCAAGGCAGCACUUAAAAUAUGUGUACCUACGUCUAUCUACCAUUAGUUCUUAAAUAAGCCUAGUAUUUCACAGUGUCGGGCUCUCAGAUUGAUACAGCGCCUUUGACUCUGUGUUAAAAAGGAGUUUCAAGCCCAUCCACUGUCGUCGCCGAAUGACAUAUUAUGAAGCAGUGCCACGGACCCCAGCGGGACACUCGGCAUCUACCUAUUAUAAAGUGAGCGCUGUACACCUGCCCCAUUACUCACUCCUACACCACCCACCUCCAUUUCCAACCUUCUCUUAUUUAUCAUUUCAUCCCUCCCUCUCUUUCUCUCUCGUUCUCUGUCUCUCAUUUGCUGGAGAGCUCUUUUGAUGCGUUUGUCCUUUGGGACUUUGCGCUGUGGUGUUACCAUAGCAACCACCUUGUCAAGCAGGCAUCAGAGUGCUGUCUUUCUCCAGCGGCAGCGCGCCGCUGAGUGCUCCUCCCCACUGACCCACUCACUUCGUCUGACUUUAUCAUAAUACAUUUUUUUGUGCUAUAUUAGUGCUGCUAUUAAUCAGAGGUGAGGCGAAAAAUAGCAUGCCUCUUUGAUGGCUUUUUCGAUUGGUUCGAUGUGGGAAGCCUUUUGUGGCGCGCGCUGAAAUGUGUUUACUUAAAUGUGCCUCCUGAUGCAGACCGAGCCUGCUGUGUGCGUGGACAGACAAAUGCACCAAGUUAUGCAGAAACAGCUUUCACAUGCUUGUGCAUACAUAUUCCUGGCCACUUCAGGUCACACAUUCUCAUCUUUCUACCUUGUUAAAAGACCUGCAUUGCUGGUGACCAUCUUAUGUUGGUUUUUGGAUCCUAAACCAAGCCUCCCUAAAUCAACCAGCUUCUUCAAAAAGACCAUGUUGGUUGUUUGUGGUGUGGAUAUGUUGGUGCAGCACCAACAAUAAUCCAGCUUGGAUCAGCAUGGAAAUUUACGUUCUUUAAAUUAAAAUUAAAAUUACAUUUAUGCAUUUAGCAGACACUUUUAUCCAAAGCGACUUACAGUGCACUCAGGCUAUUAAUUUUUACCUAUCUUUAAGUUUGUUUAGUUCUUCUCAUGUUCAUUUAAAACUUCCGGAGACCCAGCUAUGGAGUUUUUGUCUCUGUAGUGGCCUUUAUAUUUGAGUGAAUUUCACCUCACAUGUCACAGUGUUAAGU